UUACAGCUUCGCAAAGAUGUUGUACCCAAAACAGCGGAGAAUUUCCGACAAUUGUGUACGGGCAAGAAGGGGUUUGGCUUCAAGGGCUGUUCUUUUCAUCGGGUGAUACCCAACUUUAUGUGUCAAGGUGGUGAUUUCACCAAAAAUGAUGGUACCGGUGGCAAAUCGAUUUAUGGUACAACAUUUAAGGAUGAAAACUUUAAGCUAAAACACACCGGUCCUGGUAUUUUAUCCAUGGCCAAUGCUGGGCCCAACACAAAUGGUUCACAGUUCUUUAUUUGCACCGUUAAGACACCCUGGCUGGAUGGCCAGCAUGUGGUUUUCGGUCAGGUUAUACAAGGUAUGGAUGUUGUUAAGAAAAUUGAAUCCUAUGGCUGUCCCGAAGGUCGUCCCAUGAAGGAGAUUAUUAUUGCCGAUUGUGGGGAAAUUAAGUAGAUCCAAAAAUU